AUGGGAAAGUUUAUUAAAACAUCUGGAAAAGUGGUCCUUGUGUUGGAGGGUUGGGGUGGGGGGGGGGGGGGAAUUACGAUGAUGGAACAUGAAAAACCCUAUUUGGUCGUUGGCAUUGAAAGAUAUCCCAGAAAACUGACACGAAGCGAAGGCACGAAGCAGCUGAAGCAAAGAUACAAUGUCGACUUCAGUUUUGAAAAGAGUGUUGUAAACAAAGACAUCUUCAGAGAUUCUGUACCCAAGAGCAACUAUAAGACUGGCAAAAACAAGUGUCUUUUCCAUUCUUUGAGAUUGUACAAUUUGUUAAUGCGUUUUGAAUUUCUGGACUGA